AGACGGACGGUAAGGCAUGGGGCUUCGGAGUACCAGAGAAGAAGAACAAAGGACCCCCAUAAUAAUAUUAUCACAUUAAUUGCUAGACUCCACCCAUGCGGCAGAUUGAUGGAGACGACAUUAUGUUGACAGGGCCAGGGAAAUACAAUGCCAUUACCCUGUUCCAGAAUGGUAAGAGGGAAAAAAGAAGAAGGUAAAAUGGAAAAUUUGGAAACCCCAAUUAUUUAGCCUUGUUUUGGAUGUCUGGGGAUAGAAUGACCCUUUUCGCUUCAUUAACCGAAAUUUCCUUUUUGACAUUCUUCCUUUUUUUCCCUUGCAUUUGCCAUGGGGGUGUGAAUGGGAAGUCUGGCCAUUGGUUCUCCGUACUUACCAUGCACUGUUUCUUUUCUUUUCUUCUUUUUUACUUUUCUUACCAGGGGGAAGGUGUUUGAGCCAUCGAGAUUCAUUCGUUCUGUAUUACAACGCCCUGCAUGAUUGGUACCUUACGAGAUGGUUGGAACUUUCAAUUUGGCCCUUGUUGCCAUGUCUUGGAUGGGAUGAGUUGAUCAACACAACUUGGGCCGUCAUUAUCCAGUUACCCUGUACUUCGGGAAUGAAAGUAGUUGUGUGCAACCUGAUCAAUGAAGCGGGAAUUGUAAAGGUGGUGACACAGAAAGGUAAGGUGGCGGGACUGGGCGAGAUCGAGGCUCAAGCCUCGAACGUACUGGAACCUGUACACGUACGGUAAUCGCGCCAUCACAUUCUCCAUUCCCGAGGAGAGACAGUGGGUGGCUUGAUUCUGGUUGAAGGAGUAGAACACGGGAGGCUGAGAC